AUGAUCGUGUAUGGCAAAGCUUGCCAUCUUCCGGUAGAAUUCGAGCAUAGGGCAUUGUGGGCAUUGAAAACCGUAAACCUUGACCUUACCGAAGCCGCAAGGAGGAGAUUCUUCCAGAUUCAUGAGUUGGAAGCAUUGAGGGAUGCCGCGUAUGAAAGGUCUUGGAGUAUCAAGGAGAAAUCAAAGGCAUUGCAUGAUAGGAGGUUGCGAGGUUUGAAGGAUUUUAAGGUAGGUGACAAGGUACUUUUGUUCAAUUCACGUUUGAAAUUAAUAGCAGGGAAAUUGAAAUCGAGAUGGAAUGGACCGUAUGUGGUGAAAGAAGUGUUUCCGUACGGCACGGUUGAGCUCUACGAUGAAGUAGAUAAGGGAGUUUGGAAAGUGAACGGCCAUCGCUUGAAACAUUACUUGGGAGGUCCAAUUGAUUCUACCGAAGAGGAAGAAAUUCCUCUGGAGGACCCACCCACCUUCGCCGAACAGUAA